CCUCACAACAAUUCCACACCGCAAACUCUCUCUGUAAAGUGCAAAGCCUCUAUUUUUUCUUGUGAAUUUGAAGGACGAUGAGUUCCACAGAGGUCGCAGCCACAACGAAGAAGGGUGGAAGAGGGAAACCCAAGACCACAAAGUCCGUUUCCCGUUCCUCCAAAGCCGGCCUUCAGUUCCCCGUCGGCCGCGUCGCUCGCUACCUCAAGGCCGGUCGCUAUGCCCAGCGCGUUGGUUCCGGUUCCCCUGUUUACCUAUCUGCGGUUCUCGAAUACCUUGCCGCUGAGGUUUUGGAGCUUGCCGGCAACGCUGCGAGGGACAACAAGAAGACGAGGAUCGUUCCUAGGCACAUUCAACUUGCGGUGAGGAACGAUGAGGAGUUGAGCAAGCUGAUGGGGUCUGUGACCAUUGCCAAUGGUGGUGUUCUGCCUAACAUUCACCAGAAUUUGUUGCCCAAGAAGGCCGCUGGCAAGGGAAAGCCCGAGAUUGGAUCUGCCAGUCAGGAGUUUUAGAUUCUUAGGGUUUCAUCUUGUUAGUAUUUAGAGUGCAAAAUUGAAAGAAAAUGGAACUAGUUUUGGUAUGUAGUUGGCCGCGUAGUACAGUGAGACUAGGAUUGACAUUGAAUGAUGUAUAGUCAUUUUAUAUGUGAGAAUAACUAGUUGUUUUGGUUUAUGAUUUGGUUUCCUGCAUAGUUUUCGUUCUAUUUGAAUUUUGCUUGUAUUUAGCGCCUUUUUCUAUUAUUAUUUUGGUCAAAUUAGUCUU